AUGGCGGUCUAUCUUCGACGCGCCUGGACAUAUAUUGCUACUAUUCUGGCCGGCAAUGUGCUUGCGCGUACCGAGGGUGUAGGAGGUGUAGGCUCAGAACCUCGUUUACAGUUUACAGGUGAAAGGGGCACAGGGGAAAGGACAGGAGCUAGCUGCACAAUGUACCGGGAUAAAUGUCUCUUGCUAUCUGCGCUUCUUCUCUUCACAUCUACACCGACGUCGGCUAUAUGGCCAUUUCCACCCAAGCGCUUUACAGGAAAUUCACUGGUUGACGCUGGUUCGCUUGGAAUUGGGGGCGAUGAUAGGAUAAUAGCAUUCGGGGACUUCAACGGGGACCAAUUUUUAGACCUCCUCGCCCUAGGUCCUGACCAGCAAACACUGCAGGUGUAUUUGUGGAACGAAUUCUUCUAUAAACGAUCGACUUCAUUCCGACAUCCUCGACCCAUUUACAAUGUCGUGCCAGGAGACUUCACGCAUUCGGGGAAGCUGGAUUUGCUGGUGAUGGGUAGGGGGUCUGACAGUACUCAGUUGGAUAUGUUGGUGUAUCCUGGUCUACUGGAUGGAUCAUUUGAUAUUAGCAGUCCACUUUCAGUGCCGGCAUCGACCAUGGCGCAGCCAAUAACGGUGGACAUGGAUGGAGACAUGAAGAUAGACCUACUCGGUAUCACCCCGUUCUCAAAAGGCUCGGCGUCUCCCCUCAGGCUAUGGCAGAACGUAUGGAACGCGUCGCAGCCCAACUCACCACUGUUUGAAAUAUUGGAGCCCAAGCUCACAGGCGAGCAAUGCACCUUGUCCAACCCACACAGCAACGCGGUAGUUGAUCUUAACGGCGACUGCUUAGCAGAUAUCUUCCUUGUAUGCGACGAUAGCGGUGGUAGAAAGAGGUUCCAGAUCUGGGUAAACAACAAAGACGAUGGCUUCUCCCUAGCACAAACAGGCCUUCUACCUUCUGGACUUCAGUCUAUAACCUUUGCCGACAUGGAUCGUGACGGUACCAUUGACAUGGUCUUCACCACUUGUUCCUACGUCUCCUCGUCGUCGGGGCUUGGUACGGACUGUGCCAUCAAUAUCGCAUACAACAGGCAACUUCCUCUUUGCGCUUCUAACUCGCCCCCCAAAUCUGCGGGAAGCUGCAGACCGCCCGAUGAUCUCUGCGUUGCUGAUCCUGAUUUCAAAUUCGACCUGAGGGAAAGCGGUGACAACGAUGGCUUUGCUCGCAUACCCAUUUCUUCAUUAUUCCCUACCUCCGAUGGAACGUCCACUACACUCCUCGUAUUAGACACUACUUUUAAUCCCCCGGUCCCCUUGCCCAUCAGGCUGGGUGAUGCCAAUCUCGACGGCUUCCCCGAUAUUUUACAAGUCGUAGCCACCCAUUCUGAUCAGACUCCGAAAUUGCUGUUCUCUGUCCCUUGCGAACGCGGUUUACCUGGCUGUGCACAAGACGGACGCGGUCGACGGAGCUUCAAGGUCACCACGAAAGGAGUACAGUCUCUCAACGCUGUGAAAGAUGCCAUUAGCGCGACAUUCUUGGACAUGGACGAAGAUGGUACUCUCGAUAUCAUGAUUCAGAGGAAGGGCUCCAAUGGAAUGCCGAAGGUCUUGUUCAUUCAGAACAACUUCUAUUAUGACGCAUUCUUCCUGAAGGCCAUUGUCCUUAACGGCGCAUGUGGGAACGGUUGGUGUUACUCUCCCAACGGGACGAUCAAAUAUCAUCCAUUUGGUGUUAGCUACGCCGGCGCAUCUUAUAAGUACACGGUAUUGGAUACAUCUGGCCGUCGCUCAGCUGCACAGGUUGGUCAACUCCCUCAAACCGCCUAUCAUUCCCUCAUGGCACCCUACUCCUACUUUGGGCUUGGACGAACAAAUAACUACAUCGAGAAUCUAUUCGUCGGCUCGACCAUCCACUCGAAGGAACAUUACAUUGAUAUGGAAGGGGUUAUUCCGAACUCGAAGGUGGUGAUCCUGCCACCGCCACGGGAAGGCGAACCUUGGAAGCGGGAGCUGUUCUUACGCCCCGGAGCUUGGAUACCCUGGGUGACCGUCACCGUAAUAAUUGGUACUGGUUUGUUGGCAGUGAUUGUAUUCGUACUGCAUAUGAACGAGAAGAGGGAGGACGAGCUUGAGAGACGCAGGGCGUCGCAUCAUAUCAACUUUGAUGCGUUGUAG